AUGUUUUUUUCUUUUAUACAUCAACAUAAUUCUCAAGAUAGAAUAGAUGGUGGAAUAUUUUAUUCAAAAGAUUCAUAUCAAAGAAACGAUUAUAAAUAUUAUUGGCAAAUAAAUCAACAAAUUUGUUCAAAUACUCAAGAAAACAAUUUAGAUACAGUUAAACAUGUUCGUAUUGGUGGUAAACAAACAAUAAAUAAUUAUGUUCAUUAUUUUCCAAAUACUACUAAAUUGACAAUUGAAAACUAUUUUAAAAUCUCUGGUGAUUCAAUAGCUAUAAUUCUUAAUCGAAUAAUUCCUUUAGAACAAUUAAUUGAACUAUUACGUUUUACAUCUAAUUUACAUACAAUAAAAUAUUAUGCAGCACUUUUCAAUAAAACUAAUUUAAAAUUAAUUAAAAAAAUGAUAUUUUUCAAUAUGUAUCAAUUAGAAAUAAAAUUAAAAAAUUGGAAAUUUCUCAUGAAUGGUGUACAUUAG